UUGGAGACUUGCGUUACGUUUCUCACCAUCACAGACAGACAACCACUCUUUCCGACCUCAGAAUUUCCCGGCUGUCAAAUACAUAAACGAAGCAGUCUUGCUUUCACUCCCGCAGACUCUCUUCCACCAGUGUCAGGUGCGCAAGUGAAUUCCUCUCUCUCUCUCCUUAUCAUCUAUUCUCUCUAAUAAAAGACUACACCUAUAGUGAAAAUUCGAACAGUGGAUUAUUUAUGCUGUGUGUCAAAUUGAGAUAUGAUCUAUACGCCAACGACGUUCGUCAUCACAAUUUGUUACGUCAAAUAGAAACAUUGAUUGACAACCAGUGAGUUUUCUCCAACAUCACUGGGGAACAGACAUUCCAUGCUAAAGAAUAUCUAUCGGUUUCUUCAAAGGUCUAACAGCUUCAUUUCACUGAAUACGAAAAGUUGUAAACCGGAAAUGCGACUUUUGAAUUUGAAAUCCGGAUUAUUUCUGAGACGGAGGAACUCCGACUCGCCGUUGUCGGCCCGACCCCAGCCGGAAGAGGCCCAGAAAUGGUCAGAGUCCUUCGCUGCCCUCAUGGCAUCCAAAUAUGGAUCCUCUCUCUACCGGGCGUUUUUACUGCGCGAAUUCAGCAACGAGAAUUUGGAAUUUUGGCUGGCCGUCGAAGAGUACAAAAACUCGAAACCGCAAAAAAUGGCAGCCAAAGCCCAGCAAAUCUACAACGACUUUGUGGCAACCCAAUCGCCAAAAGAAGUCAACCUGGAUUCUGAGACAAGGCUCCUGACAUUGACUAACGUCCAGUCGAAUAAUCCUGACCAGCACGUUUUCGACCGAGCCCAAAGGCGCAUCCAGCACAUGAUGGAAAGAGAUUCCUACCUGCGUUUCCUCCAGUCGAAGCUCUUCCUCGAACUCGCCUUCCCAGAACGAUAUUCAUCAUCGAGUGACGUUUCCGACUAGUCACACGAGUCCAUCCGAUGAUAGAAAUAAAAGAAUAUUGUCAACCUUCCGAAACCCAAAACCAAAAAUCGACAAACGGAAACAGAAAAGGGAAGGCAAAGCCUUUGGGGUUUUUGUCAAAAAUCUCUUUGAACAUUAUAUAGGGCACAAUUUUGCACGCUAUGAUACCUCUUUCAAAAAAAGAAAAACGUCUCUCCUUCUCUAUAUUUAUUGAAGAACUGCAUUUCAUAAUCAAAUUUUUCCACGUUGUCCCCAAUCUCGUCUAUACUUUUUCAUUUUUCUAUAGUCCGCGCGAAAAACUGUGAUUUUUGUUUUCUCUAGCUCUCUCUUUGCGAUCCUUGAUAUGGAAAAAACGGCUGGUCGUUUGACUCGCGGGAUUUUUUAAAAUUAAUUUCUUUGGCCUGUCAAUUUUCAUUGUGAAUGUGAUACAUAAUGACUUGUAAAUAAAUGACGAAUUCAAACGUA